UUUGUCAAAUACGAUUUGUUUGUUACGCACUAGCCACUAAGAUUUGUUGAAAUUUUAUGCGUUGCUAUAGAGUGUAAACAUUACUAAUAAAUUGUGAAUAAUAUUAUCCUUCAGUAACGCUACAUAAUAAAACAUAGUGAUGGGUCAAACCCUCUCCGAGCCAGUGACAGACAAACAGUCGUCAACAUGCCAAGACUCGCGAUUUCUCGUGGGUUCUUCUUGCAUGCAGGGCUGGCGCGUGUCUAUGGACGACUCGCAUACACACAUCCUGUCGUUGCCCGAUGACCCUGGGACGGCGUUCUUUGCUGUGUACGAUGGACAUGGGGGUUCCAACAUAGCAGAAUAUGCAGGGAAACAUCUGCACAAGUUUAUAACAGCGAGGCCUGAAUAUCAUUUGGGAAAUAUUGAAGAAGCCAUGAAACAAGGCUUCCUAGAUCUAGACCAGGCCAUGCUAGAAGAGAACAUGCAAGAGAAAGUCGCUGGCAGUACGGCUGUUGUGGUCCUCAUUAAGGACAAUAUGCUCUACUGCGCCAACGUGGGCGAUUCCAGGGCGGUGGCUAGUGUAGGCGGUGCGGUAGAAUCGCUCUCAUACGACCAUAAGCCGAACAACAAAGAGGAGUUGGAAAGGAUAACGGCGGGAGGUGGCUGGGUGCAAUUGAACAGGGUUAAUGGGAACCUAGCGUUAUCUAGGGCGUUGGGAGAUUAUAUAUUCAAGAGAAAUUAUAGGAUGUCGCCAAGGGAUCAAAUUGUUACUGCAUAUCCAGACGUACAAGUACGACAGCUGACCGAUGAUUGGGAGUUUAUUGUGAUCGCAUGCGACGGCAUCUGGGAGGUGCUGUCUAAUGAAGAGGUGGUGUCGUUCUGCCGCGAGCGGCUGGCGGCGGGCUGGGAGCCGGCGGCGGUGUGCGAGGCGCUGAUGCAGCGCUGCCUCGCGCCGAACUGCCUCACGGGCGGCAUCGGCUGCGACAACAUGACCGUCGUCAUCGUGUGCCUCGCGCCCUUCCCCACCCCGGAUAAGAUGACGUCGUACAAGUACCUCGACACUCAACGCCCGAACAAAUAUUGGACACUGGGCACGAGACGUUAUUCGUAAUCGAUAAGACGAAACCGUAGCAAGUCAAUAUAAAUUCGUUUUGUAUGUUUGUCUGUGAGAUUUUUUUAACAUGGAUUCAUAUUGUGAUAUUAAAUUUAACUUGUUGUAUAUUUAAAAUUUUCUAUAAGAGUGGGAGUUGAUAAGGAUGUGUGAUUUUUAGUAUGCAUAAUGCUAUAAAAAAAUUAAAGUUUGUGCUUUGGAUUCUAUAAGGAAGGGGCUGAUUUGAUGCGAUUUUCACUUGAUGUUGUUAAUCAUCGAUUAUUAAAAUGGCUGUGUUUUAAGUUGUCUAUAUUAUUCUUUGGAAUUAACCCUUUGAGAUAUUAUUUGUAAUACUGUAUUUAAAUAAUAAAUAUAACGAUUUUACUAUUAUUCAUUUACAAUUAUAAUAAUUUAGAAAUAUUAAAGUGAACAUAAAUCACCGUCUCGACGAUAUUUUAACAUGCAUGUGACUAAUUUUUAUUUUGCUUAUUAAAUUGAAUUUAAAGUGACAAAAAAAUUGCAUACUGCUCUUUUAAUAUUUAUUGAUAAAUAUAAAAGGAAAGAGCAAAGACAAGACAUACAUAAGAAA